GACCCAGGCCCCCAGAGAAACGGCAUUACACUACAGAACAGCAGCAAAAAUUAAACAACACUGCCUGGCAAACACGGAUCCCGGACAGCUGUGCGGGCUGGCCAGAGCUCCUCACAGCUCGGAACUUGUUCUCCAGUAACUUCCCUUCAGCGUAUGCUAGUCACUAGGACUCCGUUCUUCAGCUUGGCUUUUGUGGCUUCACGUUCCACAGUAACCUGCCUUGGAUAACAGAGGGGGAUGUUUUCUUUCCAGCUCAGAGGAUGCUCUAGCAGUGCCUGUGCUGGACCAUGUCCUGGAACAUCGGCAGCACCUCCUGCUGUGCCACAAACAUCUCUGUGAAAGCAGGAUAAAUGGGUGUAUAUGACAUUUCAGCUGAUCUAAAGCGGUUCCAUGUCUUGCUUGGACUGUUCCUGUAUUCUACGUACACGAGUUGAACCCAUCAGACCAGAAGAGCAAUCUGAGAGCAGCAUUCAAGAAUAUCUGAAUGAUUCUGAUCUAGCCUGGAUUCCCCCACCUACAGGAGAAAAUGCAAUGAUAUUUUGCUCUACCAAUGUCUCCCACUAUGAACUCCAGGUGGAAAUAGGGAGGCGAUUCAACAACUUAACUUCCAUCUACCUUGCCCGACACACACCUACAGGGAUGCAAGUGGCCGUAAGGAUCACGGACCUGGAAAGUUGCUCUGAGGAGCACUUGAAAGCUUUGCAGAACGAGGUGGUUUUAUCCCACUUUUUCCAGCAUCCCAACAUAAUGACACUUUGGACAGUGUUUACAGCUGGUAGUUGGCUUUGGGUCAUCUCUCCAUUUAUGGCAUAUGGUUCUGCUAGACACCUGCUGAAAACUUACUUUCCUGAAGGAAUGAGUGAAGCUCUGAUUGGGAACAUUCUGUUUGGCACAAUCAGAGGAUUAAACUACAUGCACCAAAAUGGCUACAUUCACAGGAAUAUUAAGGCUAGCCACAUUCUGAUUUCAGAGGAUGGUCUGGUUUCUCUCUCAGGCUUAAGCAACCUCUACAGCUUAGUUAACAAUGGACAAAAGUCAAAGGUGGUAUAUGAUUUCCCCCAGUUUAGUACAUCUGUGCUUCCUUGGCUGAGUCCUGAACUACUGAGACAGGAUUUGUCUGGGUAUAAUGUGAAGUCUGAUAUUUACAGUGUGGGGAUUACAGCAUGCGAACUAGCCAAUGGACAUGUUCCAUUUCAAGAUAUGCCUCGCACUCAGAUGCUGCUGCAAAAGCUGAAAGGUCCCACGUAUUGUCCUUGGGAUAUAAAUACCUUCCCCCGUGGGGAAUCCCGAAUGAAGAAUUCCCGAUCAGGUGUUGAUUCUGGAAUUGGUGAGAGCAUGACACGCACAAUGACUAGUGAAGGACUGCAAAUUCCCUUUUCCAAAACGUUUUCCCCUGCUUUCCACAACUUGAUAGAACUAUGCUUGCAACAGGACCCUGAGAAAAGGCCCUCAGCAAGCAGUUUGCUUUCGCACACGUUCUUCAAACAGAUAAAAGAGCAGACACAGAGCUCAUUACUAUCCCUAUUACCACCUCCUAUUCAAAAUCAUAGAUCAACGUUGCUGGCAGUGCCCUCACCAGCAACUGGGACUGAACUUGGACGUAUUACUACAAAUCAAGAUGAUAUAAACUGGGAAUUCUAGAAAGAUGCCAAACCACCAUACCUCUUCCCAUGCUUCAGAGAAGAAAAAUGUGAUUUCUACUUGCUGCUUUACUGUUUAUAGUUAAAACACAAUUAGACAAGGUAUACUUGAAAAUGCAGCUUUAGUGGCCAUGUUUCAUUAACUUUUUCCUCUGUUGGCACUAUAAAGUGCAGUAAGUCUUACCUUUCUCUGGCUGUAUAUAGAAUGAUAGAGCUCCUGUUUCCCUUUUGCAAAUAUUUAACAGGAGGGAUUCUGUUGUAUUCUUAUUGCGUACAGUACUUAAAGUUUUCAGCUUGUAUUGUUGAAUUUCUCAUAGUUUAGCCUUGGGUUUUGCAUAUGGCCCUCCUCAUUUCAACAAUUUGAUCUGUCCUUUCAUUCUCACCCAAAUUAUUUUAGUGAGAAAGAAGUCUCCACUUCCAAGCCUACAUCUGAAAUUGCCUAAGCCAGUUGCUUCCUUAUGCAAGUAAUAUUUCUCUUUUUAUACAUCUCAAAAUGCACCAUUACUGUAUUUUUUUUUCAGCUGAUACACUGUGAUAUUUGACAAAAGUUGGCUGGUCUUUCAGGCAGUCCUAACUGCGUGUUGCCCACAGUUUAGCUUCUUUGCAAGUGUGAUUCUUGCAUUUAUCUUCCUUCUUAGAGCAGAUUCUGCUCGUAAUCUCCAUUAUGCCAUCUCUCUAUUAUGCCAUCUUAGCAAAUGAUCUAAGGACCACUUAUGUAAAGCAAAUCACAAGUUCCAGAAGGCACUAUGUUACAUAAUUAGUUACUGCAAGUAUUUAUACUGUAUUCCUGUGGACCAUCAAAGUUAUCUGAACCUAGUAAUCAUUUUCUCCAAACUCUAAAGAAGAACCAUUUAACUAGUUAGCACACAAUGAGCAGCAUAAUAUUAUUGCUGCUCAAUACACAAGUACACAAACCUCUUGGGAAAGUCAGAAUUUAAUUCCCAGGGUUAGGUUCAGCCAUGACAUGGUUUUGAAUUAAUCAGAAGCUCUAGGGUUUUAUUGUUUAAGCCAGAUUAAAACUGCCUCAGUAAAUUCUCAUCUCUAAAACUGUAUCCAAGAAGCAGAAC